CGCGUCCUCGGAUAAUGAGGAAUUCCUGGAUGCUCCGCGCGGGCCCGCGGUGGGCGCUGCGAGGCUUCACCGUGUCGUCGCGGGCGGAGGGGGCGUGAAGACCGUGCUACGGUGGCCGCCGAGGGACAACACUACGGCUCCCACGCUGGGACAAACGCCUCGGGCCCGGCCCGGGAGCGCCCUCCCCUCCGGGCCAGAGCCAGCCGGGGGCAACUGAAGGGCCGCGCGAAGCGACCCCGUCCUCGGCGGCAUGUGCCCGCCUUGGCGUCGCACCCCCGGGGCACAAGCUCAGCCGCAGGCCCGGUCCCCAGCACCGUCGGCCCGCCGCAUGGUUCCGGACACCGGCACCGCCACGGAGAGGGCACCGGGCCAGCACCUCCCCCAAGGCUCAGCUGAGGGCUCCUAGACGCUGAUGACACCUAUGCUGGCCAUCCGGACACUGCACCGCCACUGCAAAACAGCACUGCCGCCCAGGCCCAAUGCCGGUCAUGCCCAUCCCGCGGCGGGUGCGCUCCUUCCACGGCCCGCACACCACCUGCCUGCACGCAGCCUGCGGACCGCUGAGAACCUCUCACCUGGCUCGCACCAAGUACAACAACUUCGAUGUUUAUGUCAAGACCCGCUGGCUCUAUGGCUUUAUACGCUUCCUGCUCUACUUCAGCUGCAGCCUCUUCACAGCGGCCCUUUGGGGCGCGCUGGCCGCGCUCUUCUGCCUACAGUACCUGGGUGUCCGCGUACUGCUGCGCUUCCAGCUCAAGCUGUCAGUGCUGCUGCUGCUGCUGGGGCGCAGGCGCGUGGACUUCCGCCUCAUGAACGAGCUGCUUAUCUAUGGCAUCCAUGUGACCAUGCUGCUGGUUGGGGGGCUGGGCUGGUGCUUCAUGGUCUUUGUGGACAUGUGAGGGCCCACCCUCCAUGGGGCUCCUGAUUGUGCCAUACCUAGCUUCUCUCUUGGAGGGUGGGGCUGGUAGGGGCUUUUUUUUUUUUUUUUUUUUUUUUUUUUUUGCCCCAUCCUGGAGGUAAGGCCUGAAGCACACACUCCCAUUGAGGGGAGAAAAGGGCUGAGACUACUCUGUAAUGGGAACAGCACACAGUCUCGCUGUUGGCUUCUGCGCUGUCCUUGCUGUGCACGUUACCAGAUGUGCUGUCCCCGUUAGCCUCUUGCCUUGGGUUGCCUGUGUGUUUUCAGGUUGUCCAGUGGGUGGCCUGUCUGUCUUUUUUCCACCUUGAGACCUUCUGUGUGACAUUCUCACCAACAUCAGGCCCACCCAGUGGGACACAAAGGGGUGCCUUUGGGCUGCACAGCCCCUUUAUGUGCCCUCCUCCUGGCUGUCCUCAGGGACCCACCUGGCUAUACAAGCAGACAUACUACUGCCACUAACUGCGCCCACUUUGAGCCCAUGGACCACUCUCUGCUGUUCACAAGUAGCCGUGUCAGUCUUGAACCCCAAGUCAGGCCUCAGAGUCACCUUGGUUUGCAUAGGUGCAGUUUAGCAGAACAGCAUAUAUGGCAUUGGCUAGACCCUGGUACAAGGGAGCACAGGCCCCAAGGCUUGAACUCCAGAGCAGGGGGCUGGUCCACACCCUGGGCAGGUCUGUGUGUCAAGCCAUGCUGGAACUCUGCAAACUGAAAGGGCCUAGAAAAACACUUGUGCUUAACCUGGGGAGUUUUUACAGUCUCUGAGGGAUGGGGUCUCCAGCAGCCUCCCAGAGUCUUGGCCAGAUCUGUAGAAAACGGGAAUAAACCGACUGUCCCCCCUCAGUGGUUUUUACUAGUCCUGUGGGCAGCCUGGAUGUGCUAGCUACACCUUCCCCACAUGUUGUUAGGCCUGGUUUGUGAGAUAGAAGAUGGAGUACCUGACCACCUUUGGCCUCUAUCAGGGGUGGGAAUAUGACUCUCACUGGUGACAAGGGCCUAGGUGGCAAAUGAAGUGGUUUGAGCAGUAACUCUGGGUGCAGGACAUUGAGCAUAUCCUGCUACCACAUGCUUCACCCCCCAUUGUCACCCCACAUCCUGGGCAUGGGAGUGGCCCCUUUAACCCUACCCUGCCAAGAAAACCAAACAGGGAAAACAAAGAUGUAGGACUAUUGACCUAGCUCUUUAACUUGUAGCCAGCUGUCGUCGUUGGUCUGGCAAGAGGGCUCAUGGAGGAAGUCUGUCUGCCUCCCAGGAUAGCAGAUGAGGUGCCUUCCCAGUGGACCCUGCUGCUGCUCGCUUGCUGCAGAGAAUUGUUUGCACUAAACCCCACUCUUCCCCCAAAGCAACAUUGUUCUUUGUUAAUUAGCUCAUGUAUCUCAGAGUGGCCUGAAGCCCCAUUUUGCUGGGUGAUGGUGGGUGUGUCAGGGCUGGUGGUGGGAGGGAAUGAUGGGACCUUGUCACUCAGUGCACACCCAGCUGCCUAGUGUCCUGAGUGCCUGUUAAAUUCUUUAUGAGAGGAAUCACCUGCAUUAAACCUAUUUUUUUAAUGUGCUGAUGG